AUAAGAACUUAAUAAAAUAAUUUUGAUUGUAAUGUUGCUAGAACCAUCUGUAAUUUUCUCACGUGAAAUUUGCUUAAAUACUUUCGAAUUUUGAUUGAUUUUACACGUUACAAGAAAUUGUUACAGAAUGAAGUUCUUCAGCGCUAUCGUUCUCUGCCUAUCGUUAGGCUUGGCUACUUGCGAUUUCGAAUGUUACAGAAGAGCAGUUGCUGAAUGCAAUGUAAAAGGAGUUAAAGAGAGAAAACUUGAGCGACCUGAUGACACAAAUGAGAAAAUUUGCGAAGAUAAUUUACUUAUUGCAAUGUGCGAACGAGAUGCCGCUGCCCAAUGCAAUACAGGAUUUGCUGAAGUAGCUGAAAGAGUUUACAUAACUGUUAUCGAUAUCUGCACGGAAGGAACAGAAACAUAUAACGCUAUUAAAUCUGAUCCAAAAUGUGGUUUAGAAACUUUGACUAAUAUGGGAACAUGCAGCGAUGAGAUGCAAAAGGAACUGAAAAAUGUACGCCCUGGUGAUGCCGCUGAAAUGAUGAGGGUUAUUUGCAGGUACAUCGACGGAGUAAAAAAUUGCAUGUACGAGAAAUUUGAAAAAUGCACUGAUAGAACGAAAGAAGUAUUUAAAUAUCUUAUGGAACAAUAUGCUGAAGUCCAAAAAAGAACAUGCGCCAUAUUGCCAUAAUUUUAUGGAUCUUGAAAAUCCUCUACAAAAAUCAUCAAUUAAACCUACUAAAAUCUACAUAAAAUGUACUGUUAAUUUCUUGAAUUUCAGAUUUUCCAUAGAAGCUCCGAUGAAGAUCAAUUAAAAAAUCACUUGAAAAAAAAACGAAAUAAUAAUGCACAUUUUACAGCAUUCUGUUUAAUAAAAUAGUUACGUUCUCAUAAACUUUAAAGUAAGGUUACAAAAGUACGUCUACAGAUGGUACAGCUGAAUACACGAGCAAUAUCACAAUAUUUUCUAUCGCUAGAUAAAAACACUUUAAAUUAUAUGUUUGUGCGGGUAUCUGUUAGUUAUAACCUCAAACUGCGCAUUGUUAGUUUAACAAAUUGUAAUAUUCUUUUAAAAGCACUUAUUUAUUGUACUUUGUUAUCAUCUAAUGCUGCUGAAUAUUGUGACUAUACUUCGUUGCAAGUUAAAAAAAAAAAAAAGAAAAAACCAUUGCGGUAUAGGAUUUUUGUAAU